AUCCAGAAUUCUGGUUGUGGAUGACUCUAAACAAAUGCAGAAAAUCCGACAAAUUUGGUCCAGAUUACCAAAUUUGAAAACUGUUGUUCAGAUAAAUGGGCCCUUCGAAACCGAUAUUGGGAUUGAAGAUGGAUACUACAAAUGGUCCGAUUUGGACGAAGUGGAUACCAAUGAUUUAAAUGAAGAACUUAUGCUGAGGAUCAACAAUAUUGCCGUAAAUGAGUGCUGCAGUCUCAUAUAUACCUCUGGAACUGUUGGAUUUCCGAAAGGCGCGAUGCUUUCUCAUGACAACAUCACCUGGGACCGUCAAAGUUAUUGAAGAACGAUUCGGUAAUAUUGUUUCUGGUCAAGAGUCAACGGUAUCCUAUCUUCCUCUGAGUCACAUUGCUGCUCAGAUGAUGGAUAUGUUUUUAUCAAUUUCUUACGGGGGGUGUGUAUACUUUGCCGAUAGGGAUGCCUUGAAAGGAUCACUUGUCAAAACUUUGAAUAAAGUACACCCAACUCGAUUCAUAGGUGUACCAAGAGUAUAUGAGAAAUUCUACGAGCGGUUGAUAAAUGUUGAGUCUCAACUACCAAUUGUCAAAAAGGCCUUACUGAAUUGGGCCCGAAGUACAGCAUUGAGUCAUUACAUGAACCUAAUGGAAGGGAAACAAUCGGAUUCGUUACAAUAUAAAAUUGCAAAAUUUCUGGUUCUGAACAAAAUUAAACACUCGCUUGGAUUGGAUCAAGCUAAAAUCGCUUUGAUCGGCGGAGCUUCUGUAUCAAAUGAGAUAAAAAAAUUCUUUAUGAGCAUAGAUAUACCACUCAGUGAGGUAUUCGGUAUGUCUGAAUCGACCGGGGGACAUUGUAUGGCAACUCGAGAUGAUCCUAAUGUUCAGACAGUUGGAAAACCCCUCGUGGACAUCGCUACAAAAGUGUAUAAUCCAGAUGACAACGGCGUUGGUGAAAUUUGUUUGAAGUCACGAUCAGUCUUCAUGGGAUAUUUAAACGAUCCAGAUAAGACCAAAGAAACGAUUGACGAAGAUGGUUGGCUACACACUGGCGACUUAGGAACAAUAGACGACAAGGGAUAUGUCUACAUCACAGGUCGUUCAAAGGAACUUAUCAUUACCGCCGGAGGCGAAAACGUACCACCAGUUCAUGUAGAAAAUUUGGUUAAAAAGGAACUACCAGUUCUUAGCAACGCCCUGCUUGUAGGGGAGAAAAGAAAAUAUCUCGUUAUACUUCUCACAUUCCAGGUUGAAACUAAUCCUGAUACGGGCAUGCCUAGCGAUAAACUGCUGCCAGUAGUACGUGAGUGGUUAGCUGGUUUGAAUGUGUCCUACACUACUGUUCAAGAAAUCUUAGAUGCGGGUCCCUGUCCUAUUGUGCUGGAAGCGAUUGAAGACGGUAUUGCUAGAGCCAACAAAAAUGCAAUCUCAAACGCCCAAAAGAUACAAAAGUUUGCCAUUCUUCCUCAAGAUUUCUCAGUGCCCACAGGAGAACUUGGACCUACCUUCAAGCUAAAAAGAAGCUUUGUGCUUGGGAAAUAUAGUCACGUAAUUGAACAACUUUAUAAAUAGAUUUUGAUGUUCUAUCCGUACUUAUAUAUUAUAUCGUGUUAGUGGAAAAAAAUGUAUUUUAAGUUUAAAUAAAAAAAAAAAAACAAUUUGUAAGCAG